GCGUCGAGCAUAACUCCAGAGGGCGGGGUUUGAGUCUCGGCAACGUUAAGUUGUUUUCAUCGACUGUGUGGCGGAGAAGUGCAAGCACCGUUCGCUAUGCAGACGUAAACUAACAGCUGUCGAUGAGGCCGCCGCCGACAAACGACAACGUCCGGGUUUAAUCGCCACGGAGAACGGUUCAAGCGAACGUUAGAGCAUUACAGCAGCGGUUUAAUUGUUUUUUCGUGGCCAUGGAGGAGAAGAAGGAGGAGGGGGAAGCGGAGAUCCAGGAACACGGACCCGAGCACUGGUUCUCCAAAUGGGAGCGGCAGUGCCUAGCGGAGGCCGAGCAGGAGGAACCGAGCGAGGAGGAGACCGAGCAGAGCCAACAAAAACAUUGGCAUCUCUUCCAGAACUCCGCCACCGCCGUCGCACAACUGUAUAAAGAUAGAGUAUGUCAACAACAGGGGCUUUCCUUGUGGGUUCCCUUUCAAAAUGCUGCAACCGCCGUCACUAACCUAUACAAAGAGAGUGUUGAUGCCCAUCAGCGGAGUUAUGAGCUGGGUAUUCAGAUAGGUCAUCAGAGACGAAACAAAGAUGUCCUGGCGUGGGUGAAGAAAAGGAGGCGGACUAUUCGGCGUGAGGAUCUUAUCAGCUUUCUCUGUGGUAAAGCCCCACCGCCACGUAGCUCCAGGGCUCCGCCAAGACUUGCAAUGGUGUCACCAAGCCGACCCACGUCCUCGGAGACAAGUUCAUCUGUAGAAACAGACCUGCAGCCUUUCAGGGAGGCCAUUGCUCUGCAUGGUCUGAGCGGAGCCAUGGCGAGUAUCAGUAUGCGCUCUGGAGCCCCGGGUUCACCUACACACCUGAGUGCUAGCUCCGCCCCCAGUCGCCGCAGAAACGGCCUCCACGACGUGGACCUCAACACUUUCAUUGCUGAGGAGAUGGCGCUCCACCUCGACAACGGAACUCGGAAACGAAGCUCCGCCCAGUGCAAUGAUGUCAUAACAGACUCGCCCACUCACAAACGCAAUAGGAUGAUCUGAGCUCUUAAGAAAAAGAAAACGACAACAACAACAGCGAAAAAAUGCCACUCCUCAGUCAUCCUCCCAUCUUUAUUCAGACCAGGAAAUAAAAGCAGCCAAUAACAGUGCUCACCACAGCCCAGCACGUUCUCCGAUUGGUCUACAGAGCCCAGUUGAGGUCAUCGGUGGGGGACGGUGUUCAGUGCAGAGGCCUAAGUGCCCUUCCAUAGGAUCCUGUCGACAAACACACGACCCUCAUUCACUAAAUUGCUGUGUGAGUUGAUUGUGCGCGUGUACGGAUGUGUUACGGCUGAACCGAGACGUGAUCGAACGCAGGAACGAGAACAACAUUUUUGUGUGCAUGUUUGCAACAUAAUGAGCAAUGUCUGUAUGACUGUGUAUACAAGUACUUGAUGUGUGUGAGUGAAUGACUGAUGUUGUGUUAGAGGGUGUUUGUGUGUGUGUGUGGUACCUGCCUCUUCCUCCAGCACCUGUCACUGCCCCAGCUUUCAGUUACCACACGCUGCGGCUUUGAAAAGCAACAAAUGUUUUAUUUUAAUAUUAUUGACAAUGUUAUUCAUGAUUUUUUUUCUUUGCCUUCUAUUAAUUCUGCUCUAGCAGCAGGCACAAGUGCUAUGAUAGCCAUACGUCCGCUGUCAUGCACAUCUCUCAAUCACUUACUUUUCUUCAAUAAUUUCCCUUCAUUCUUCCUGAGCAUCCUUUUUUUUUUUUUUUUUCAUUCAUCCUCUUUCGUCACACUUCCCCAGCACCUUUGUCUCCAGUGUAACAUUAUGUAAUGUAAAUACAUGUAGGUGCUGACAUAGACUUGUGGUACAUAUUGUAAAAAAAAGCUGUGCAGAGACCAUUGAAUUGUUAAUGUACAAUAAUGAUUCUUGCAUUAAAGAAAUCAAGCUUUUAACUA